AUGAUCUGCCAUAUCAGCAAAGACGCUCGCGGCGAGGCAUCCCCGCCGUCCACUAGUACGAACCAUCAAGAUCAGGAGAGCCACGCCGAGGGCGAUGAGACUGACGAUACGGUUUCUAUCUUGGAUCGCCGCCCCGAUGCGGCGGCCACAAGCCCGUCUGCAGCACGCAUCUACGACAUCUCCCUCCAUAAAUUCCACCAAGAACUCGGCUUCAAGCCGGUUGUGGUUACCGGCAUUAGGGAUAUCUUCUAUCCUGCCUUAGGAGAGGCCGUAACGGUCCUCCUGUCACACGGAUCCGGUAUAUCAAUGGAUGUCCAAGUUGACCAUCUGGCCCGCUGUUCACUCACUCAGAAGCCAUAUCAACGUGCACAAGCGACGCGGAAAGCCCAAUGA